CAAGAUCAUAGCAGUGUCGUCUCGGGGCUCCAUAUUGCAAGCCACACUCGUUCGUCUCUGAAUAUUGAUAGUAUCAUCAACAUGCUUUGCAAACAAGCAAGAAACGAGUCGUGCGUUCGUGCGCAAAAAUAUGAAAGAACGUAAAGAUGAUUUGUUUCUGUCUGUUUUAGCUUGUUUUGUAGAAUUUUUUUGAGAAAGUAGAUCAGUCGUGUAAGAUUUCAAAUCGCGAAAGCUACGUUUCAAACUAUCGGAAGAUGGCGACGGAGUAUCUCGCAACUUCGGGAGGUCGGUCCGAUGCGACCAGAAAUCCGAGGAAAACCCGUCGGGUAGCCAGCGAAAGAAGGAGGCUAACCUUGGGCACGGUGGAUAAGAAAGAGUACAUAUAAUGCCUUCUUGAGGACCUCCUGGCAGAAUAAGAAUUUUUCAUGUGUUUUUCCUUUCUGUUGCUUUAUUUGAUGAUAUCGACGCUCCUGUGCUGUCUACUCGUUGAUUGUGUUCAUGACAACCAACCGGCCUCAAAUUCUCGAUUAUCCAGGCCGAGCCAAUCCGGUGCCGCGCGAAGCUCCACAGGGUCUACAACAGCAGCUCCGACAGACAACCAUAUCAAAUGCAAAAAUGUCUGAGUCGGGAAUGUUGCCGGGUUUGUCAUGCAUGUUUUGCAUGACCCAGAAUGCCUGUAAUGCAUGACCUAGCGUCACAGAUCUUUAGAGGGCUUCCUGAUGCCUAUUCCGCAUGACAAAUGCCCUUCCCGCGUAGCACAAACUAGACUCCUCUUGCUGAUCAUGCAAUACAGAUUUUUUUAGAAUCCAAAAUAAACUAGCAUCACAAACUUCAACCUUCCAGACCCAGACAUUUUUGCAAUUCAUAAACCAUGGCUUGAUGCAGUUUCUGAAAACCACAAACGCCAGCGACUUGGUGAAAACAACGCAAGCCAGGAGAAAGCUGAACUUGUCAAGUUUCCAUUCGGAUCAGACGGGACAAAAGUCGUUCGAUGAGAAAUUGACACAAGCAGGACCAGCGGCUAGCAGCUCCUCUGGUAUAGAAGAAGUCGAUUUUGAUUUUUACGACUCUUAGUCACCAAGUAUUUGAUCGACGUUUUUGUCAGGCUGCAACUGCAAGUGCAACCUAGUACCACAGCUGUCACCAUGAUCUUCUCGUCAACAUCCAUAGGACUAUAAAUAUAAGCAAAAGCUAUAUCAAAAACAAACACUGGAAAUAAAAUAUAAAAACAGACAAGCGUUCCGCAGCAGACAAGGCAGGGAACGAGAAAACCAGGGAAGAGCUGAACAAGCUGGGAAUCGGCAUAAGCUGCAAAAAGGGCAUGAAGCCAGAAUCACCAAAUCAGGAUGCCUUUAGUGUGGUAUACAAAUUUAUUUCGCAUAUUCUUUCUCCACUCUAUUGCUACCCACCCAAUAUAAUAAGCUGCUUUACUUUUCCUCGCGAAAGGCAAUGCAAUUACUCGUCGAUGUUGUUGAUACUUACGUCACUUUUCCUAUGAAACUUUUCUCAGCUCUACGUUGCAGAGGAGUUUCUUCUUGUCGGAGUGUACGAUGGGCACGGGCAGCACGGGCAUAUCAAAUGCAAAAAUGUCUGGGUCUGGAAGAUUCCGAAAUUUGUCAUGCUAGUCGGGCAUGACUCUGAACUCUGUAUUGCAUGGCCGCGAAGAGCUCCUUCUCCCUGUCAUGCAACAAUGCAGUUUCUCAUGCCAUGCGGAAUACGCAACUCAGAACCAUGAAAAAAACUUGUCAUGCCUGGCAGCGCAUUACAGUGAGUUCACUAGUGCCUUCCUUGCAUCACAAGUUUCCAGACCCAGACAUUUUUGCAUUUGAUAGGGCACCACAUAUCACAAUUCGUUAAGGAUGCCCUGCCGAAGCUCUUUUUGAACGAACCGAACAGAGCGAAGGGUGAAUCUGUGUGUUUGCUUGUGCUGUUUUUAGUUCUUCUUUUCAGCGAAUGAAAAUUUGCUUUUUUUAUAUGAUGAAAAAUUUCAUUCGAUGAGGAUCAUGUUGAUGUUGAGCAGGUGAAAUUCUUAUUCAAGUAAUAUUCCGACCACACAACCCAUGUAUCAAAUCACAGAUCCGGCAGCGGCCCUCCAAACAGCUUUUGCCAAAUGCCAAAAACUUAUUGAGCACGCGGAACGGCACGCAACACUCCAAGCUGGCAUGAGCGGCUCCACGUGCACCCUAGUCUACCAAAUCCUCGCGGGACCAGAAAAAGGGAUGAUCUAUGUACUACACGAAAAUGGCCUUGUUUGCAACGAUGCUAGUAGAACUUCUGAUGCAAUGACAGAUAGUAGUACAGAUCGAACUGUAGUUUUUAUGCAUGGCCUAGUGUAGCAGGAGCUGGAAGAAGAACUACACCAUCAUCAAAUGCGAAUGCCACCAUCAUAUUAAACUAUCAUCAAACAAAGGUUGCCCACGUCGGUGACAGCCGCGCUGUGAUGGUCUCCCGAACCAGCAAGGGCGCCUACACGGGCCGGGACUUGACGAGGGACCACAAGCCAAGCUUGGCGGAAGAGAAGAAGCGCAUUGAGGAGCGGGGCGGGCGAGUUUUGUUUGACGGCUUCUUUAACCACAGGGUGUUCGCGAAAGGUACUUAUCUGAUGAGACUUUUGGUUUAUUUGAGAGUGUCGCUUUUCGUGGAUGAAGAUGAAAUUGAAGUUAUGCUUCGCAGUUGCUUUUGACACGGCAUUUUUGGUUUGCUUUUGACAUCGUGGUCACGCUGCCGCACGAAAAGCAACUAAAAAACCAAGGUCAAAUGUACCCGGGUUAUCGUAAUGAAAAAUCCCCCCUCCCCAUAUCGAAACGAAGUUUCUGAUGCUGGAUCUGCGUAUACAAAUCAGAUCUGUCUUGCAGCAAGUGCUUGGCGGCAUUUUCUGAGCCUGUUUGGGUAUGUAGAAGGCUAGCAAUUGCGCAUCACAAACAGGUUUGCCGUAGUCGAAUGCGCAUGACAGACUUGCUCUGGAAUGCGUCAAAUGGCUCCUAUGGCCCUGCAUGCAAGACAAAGAUGAUUUGUGACCACAAAUCAGCAUCAGAAAUUUCCGUUUUCGAUAUGGGGAGGGGGGAUUUUUCAUUCUGAUACGGGUUUGAACAUGAGCAGAGCAUUUGGGGACUGCGUGGCUCAUAUCAAAUGUAAAAGUGUCUGGGUCUGGAAGAUUCUGAGAUUUGUCAUGCAUAUUUCGGAUCACGCAAGUGGCGUCUGAUGCAGGCAAAAGCAUCACAGGUUUUGAGCACGCCUCAUGAUGCCUGUCCCGCAUGAGAAACUUCCUACUUGCGUGCCAAGAAAUGGACAGCUUUUGGCGCUCAUGCAACACAAAUUUUUGUGUGUUCCAGAGUUUGCAUCACAAGUUCCAACCCUUCCAGACCAAGACAUUUUUACAUUUGAUAGCUCACCGGGAAGCUGGUUUGUGUGCGGAGGCAGAAGUCAGCAAAUUCCGGAUACAGAGCGUAAUAUUUUUUACGAUGAAAUAAACAAACUAUAAACGAAGCGGCAUGCGCAUGAAUGAUAAAGAUAAGAUUCAGAUUGUUUUCCGCAUUAUAUGUGUUGAUGCUGCAGAGUCUGUGGAUCUGUCUCUGUGUGAAAUGCACGAGACCAGCUCACUGUGUAGAUCGACGUAUGAGGAAUAAACAACGAAUGAACAAAACAGGACGACAUCGGACUUCUCGUUUGCAGUGACGGUGUGUGGGAAUUCCUCGAGGCUCCGGAGGCCGCGCAGCAUGCGAUGAACGCACAGAAUGAGGACGCACAGGUCGGCAUGGAGAACUUGGCCAAGGUGUCUUGGCACCAGUGGAUGUCUGUAUGUAUUGCAAAAUUCUUAAUAUCCGGCACAUACUAAUCCAGGUCUAGGUUGAUAGAACUAUUGUUCACUUCGAGAAGUAAAUGGAAUUUCUAAUGCUGAUUCUAUGAAGAAAUCACUACCACAAGAACCGUCAAUGUCAUGCAAUAAGUACUGCAAUCAGAUUCAGUAUGAAAAAUGCGAUUGCGAUAUUGUUAUUGAUUUUGCAAUGCAUAGUCGGACUCGGACAACGAGAUCUCGGAUGACAUUACGGGGGUCUUCGUGCAAUUUCACAAGCUCAACCACACCAGUUCCGCGGCGGGGCCGAACCAGCAGCCGCAGAUGGUGAAAAACAGCUACUCCACCACUGCGGCUUCCUACGGCAGCAUGAUCACAAGGGAUGGGCCCGGACCCGCGCACUUGCGCUGA